ACAUGAUGAAACUUCCCGCACGCAUUACAGGAGCCAGGCGGCUAUAAAGCAGGUGGUGAGAGGACGCUCGCCCCCGCCGGCAAACAGCUGCCCCGGAGCUUCUUGCCCACCCAGAGAAAGCCUGUAGCUCCGUCACCAUGUGCGGCAUUUGGGCCCUCUUUGGCAGCGAUGACUGCCUUUCCGUUCAGUGUCUAAGUGCUAUGAAGAUUGCACAUAGGGGUCCAGAUGCAUUUCGUUUUGAGAAUGUCAAUGGAUACACCAACUGCUGCUUUGGAUUUCACCGGUUGGCGGUAGUUGACCAGCUGUUUGGAAUGCAGCCAAUCCGAGUGAAGAAAUAUCCUUAUUUGUGGCUCUGUUAUAACGGUGAAAUCUACAACCACAAGAAGCUGCAACACCAUUUUGAAUUUGAAUACCAGACCAAAGUGGAUGGUGAGAUAAUCCUUCAUCUUUAUGACAAAGGAGGAAUUGAGCAAACAAUUUGUAUGUUGGAUGGGGUGUUUGCAUUUAUUUUACUGGAUACUGCCAAUAAGAAAGUGUUCUUGGGCAGAGAUACCUAUGGAGUCAGACCUCUGUUUAAAGCCAUGACAGAAGAUGGAUUUUUGGCCGUGUGUUCAGAAGCUAAAGGUCUUGUUAACUUGAAGCACUCCAUGACUCCUUUUUUAAAAGUGGAGCCUUUCCUCCCAGGACACUAUGAAGUUUUGGAUUUAAAGCCAAAUGGCAAAGUUGCGUCAGUGGAAAUGGUUAAACAUCACCACUGUAGAGAUGAGCCUCUGCACGCCCUCUAUGACAACGUGGAGAAACUCUUCCCAGGUUUUGAGAUAGAAACUGUGAAGACCAACCUCCGGAUCCUUUUUGACAAUGCCAUUAAGAAACGUUUGAUGACGGACAGAAGAAUUGGCUGCCUUUUAUCAGGGGGUUUGGAUUCCAGUUUAGUUGCUGCCACCCUGUUGAAACACCUAAAAGAGGCCCAAAUACAGUACCCUCUGCAGACAUUUGCAAUCGGCAUGGAAGACAGUCCGGAUUUACUAGCUGCUAGGAAGGUGGCAAACCAUAUUGGGAGCGAACACCAUGAAGUCCUCUUUAACUCUGAGGAAGGCAUUCAGGUUCUGGAUGAAGUCAUAUUUUCCUUGGAAACUUAUGACAUUACAACAGUCCGUGCUUCAGUAGGCAUGUACUUAAUUUCCAAAUACAUUCGGAAGAACACAGAUAGUGUGGUGAUCUUCUCUGGAGAAGGUUCAGAUGAACUUACUCAGGGUUACAUAUAUUUUCACAAGGCUCCUUCCCCUGAGAAAGCUGAGGAGGAGAGUGAGAGGCUUCUGAAGGAACUCUAUUUGUUUGAUGUUCUCCGUGCAGAUCGAACUACUGCUGCCCAUGGCCUUGAAUUGAGAGUCCCCUUCCUGGAUCAUCGAUUUUCUUCCUAUUACUUGUCUCUGCCACCGGAUAUGAGAGUCCCCAAGAACGGGAUAGAAAAGCAUCUCCUGAGAGAGACGUUUGAGGAUUCCAAUCUGAUACCUAAAGAGAUUCUCUGGCGACCUAAAGAAGCCUUCAGUGAUGGAAUAACCUCAGUUAAGAAUUCCUGGUUUCAGAUUUUACAGGAGUAUAUUGAACAUCAGGUUGAUGAUGCAGUGAUGGCAAACGCAGCCCAGAAAUUUCCCUUCAAUACUCCAAAAACGAAAGAAGGGUAUUACUACCGGCAAAUCUUUGAACGCCACUACCCAGGCCGGGCUGACUGGCUUCCCCAUUACUGGAUGCCCCGGUGGAUCCACGCCACUGACCCUUCUGCCCGCACCCUGACUCACUACAAGGCCGCUGCCAAGGCUUAGGCUCUCUCUGAGCCAGCUGUGCAGGGCACACACACGUUUCUCCUCACUGGGAAGGGUAGGGGGCUCCAGGACUGGAAGGGUCAACCACUUUGGCUUGCAUGAGUGUGAGAAAAAUAAAAGCCUUCAAUUGGAAA